AUGACUUCCAUCAAUAACCUCAGUGAAAACACGUGGAAGCCCGAAGAUGCUGUUCCCCAACUGAUUAAGAACCUCUUAGCCCAGGAAAGUCACAGUGUUGAAAAAUCCUCCUCGAUCAAUUUGUUUCUUGCAUUUUUACAAAUCAUCUCAUCUUUAAAGUUUCAACCACGAACUGGAUGGAUAGAUCUGGGCAUUCCACUUGUAGAAGCAGAAAGCAUCGCAGACCACAUGUAUCGGAUGGCAAUAAUAUCGAUGAUUGUCCCGCCACCCAAUAUCAACAAGGAUAAGUGCGUCAAGAUUGCUAUAGUGCAUGAUUUAGCAGAAUGUUUAGUUGGAGAUAUUACACCAUUUAGUGGUAUUGCUCAACAGGAAAAACAUCGUAGAGAGUUAGAGACAAUCAAUUACAUAUGUGAGUUUGUGAAACCAUACAAUGCCGAGUUUGCACACGAAAUGCGAGAAUUAUGGACCGAUUAUGAAGAAAUUAGAACCCCAGAAGCAAGAUAUGUUAAGGAUAUUGAUAAGUUUGAAAUGAUUCAAAUGGCAUGGGAAUAUGAACUUAAGUAUGGCUUGAAAUACGAUAUAGGUCAGUUUUAUCGAGCAAGAAGCGCCGUCAAAACUAAAGAAGUUGGCGAAUUAUGUGACGCUAUACUACAAAAACGUGAAGCUUUCAUCGAGAAAUUGGAGAAGAAAGAGGAGAAGAAAGGUUAG